UCUACGGGCACGCCUUUGCACAUGCCCCCGGAGACCCCUCCAAAAUCUGAUGAGUUCCCUCCUGUGGCGGUAAGGCCACCCUGGGUUCCAAAUUCAGGGAAGAGCAGGGCAAAGGGAUCGUAUGGGCAAGGUGUAUUGAACGGAGAGAGUUUGAAGGUGUAUAUCGACAGUAUGUUGAACUGGACUAGGCCUAGCUGGCAUGGUCACUGGCCACCGUUCGGUGCAUACAAAGACAAGGGCUACGAUCCCAAUCGCUGGGAGGAAUUCAAGCUUGACUAUCGGCCGUAUGAGAAUGGCCACGACAAGCUUAAUGAGUCCGCUGCUUCUGCCCCAAGGGCCUACAAGCCGUUCCCAGAUUACAACUCUCCUGCUUGGGGAAAGAAGUGGAGAGGGCAGCAUGUCUCCUGUCUCGGACCGCGAAACAUCCCAUUGAACAUCAGCACGGACGAUGAGGUCCAGGUCUACGAUGGCCUUCCGGAGGACUUUCCACGUGAGUUUGCGGGAGGUUACGACGUUAUCGGCUUGGACCACGAUGUCUGCUUCGACCGGUACUCACGCUAUGGGCCGUAUGGAUUUGGCGAUGACGAGUUCCCCGAGGAAGUCAAGGACUGGAAGGCCCCGGAGCUGAUACCGGACUGGCAGCAGGUGAAUUGGGGACAGCUUCAAGACGAUUGUUUGCGACUGAAUCGGAAUCGAUAUCGAGAGGGCGCGCGAGAGCCCAUCGUAAAGGUACCGAGCGUAGAACGCCCGUCUUCAGACGCGGUCUCGGCGGCAAUGGUCGAGCAGACUGACACUAGCCGCACUAAUCUGGAAUAUAGAAUAGAUGAUGGCCCGAAGUAUCAUCAUCGGACGGCCGUCUUGAUUCGCGCGUGGACUGGAUACAAUUACGAGGAGAACGACAUCACUGCCAUUCGUGCCAUGAUCUCAGAGCUCUCCCUCCAGUCAGGUGGAGAAUACCAGGUCUACCUUUUCGUUCACGUCAAAGACCGGAGUUUGAAGAUAUUCGAAGAUGAGGCACUGUACAAGCGGGUGUUGAAGGAGAAUGUGCCAGAAGAGCUACAGAGCAUCGCUGUUCUCUGGUCUGAAAACAUUUUCCCAGAGUGGUACCCCGAAGUGUAUGACUGGCAGGUGUACUGGCAGCAAUUCAUGUGCCUACAGUGGUUCUCACUUACGCACCCCGAGUUCGACUAUGUCUGGAACUGGGAAACCGACGCAAGAUAUACUGGCCACCACUACCAUUUCUUCGAGAAGAUGUCCGAGUUCGCGGACAAGCAACCGCGAAAGCUACUAUGGGAACGAAACAAGAGAUACUACAUCCCAUCGAUCCACGGCGAAUACGAAGACUUCGUAGAAAACACCAUCGAAGAGGUGAUGGAUGCAUCAGCCAACAGCCUGAUUCCACCACCAGUCUGGGGCCCACGUCCCUGGGCGAGAGCCGAUCCACCACAAGUACCACUGGGUCCGGAGCCCCCGACGUCCUUCGAGGACGACAACUUCAGCUGGGGCGUGAACGAACCAGCUGACUUCAUCACUCUCCUCCCAAUGUGGGAUCCACGCAACACAAGCUGGUCGUACAAAGACAAGAUAUGGAACUACAUUCCGGGCGUGCGACCUAUCUUCACACCACAAGACGGCGCCGCGGACUGGUUCACGCACCCGGAUUUCGUGGACAUCGACCGCCGCGUCUUCAUCAACACGGUCGUCCGCUUCAGCAAAAAGAUGCUGCGCGCCAUGCACGAGGAGAACCUCGUGGGACGCAGCAUGCAAGCCGAGAUGUGGCCAUCCACCGUCGCCCUACAGCACGGCCUGAAAGCCGUCUACGCGCCCCACCCCAUCUUCAACGACAGACACUGGCCCGAAGCCUACACCUCCGCCAUCUUCGACACCGCGUCGACCGUCAACGAGUCGACGGGUGCCGCCGAGGACGCCGUACCGGGAGCUUGGACGGAGCAGGCAGACUCGCCGUACAACAAGGACCGCGAGUAUAACUUCCAGGGCUGGAGCUGGUACUACGCGUCGAGGUUCCCAAGGAAACUGUACAGAAGGUGGCUCAACUGGCCGAUCUCCGUGCAGGACUGGGGCGAGGCUGAAAGGACGGAGGGUGGUCCCGGUGCGGAUGGUCCAAUGGAGGAGAAGAGGAUGUGCAUGCCUGGCAUACUACUACAUCCCGUGAAGCGAAUGAAUAAGGACAAGACAAAGCCUUAGUCGCUUUUUUCUCCGGACAGACGUCGGCGACGUCACUACAAAAUGAAGGAGGAGCUAGGAAUUUCCGGGGGUUUUUAGGUUUGGUGAAGACUGCGGUGUAACAUUUUUAUUUCAGAGAUAUCCCGAUGCGGCGUGCGUACCUUUUGCAUACCCUACAUUUAGAUUUAUUGUAUGUUACGUUUUUAUGUCAACUCUUCUUUUUUUUCACUUCUUUUCAUCUCGUAGAUCUUAUGUCAUUCCCACCUGUCUUAGACUAAAC